AUGGGGCUCAGGAUACUCAUGUGCAUGGAAAGAAGCCUCCAGCAGCAGGCAGAGCUAAAUAAUGGGCAAGGGAGAUUAGAUAGCUGGGUUAAAUAA